AUGACUGAUUUUUGUAAGGAGGAAAUCCAUGCUGUUGAGGAGACAUUUCCAGGUAUCACCAAACUCAGUAUUUUGCAUUUAUAAUGUGUUAUGUAUGCGUUCUACAUUGAAAGGAAAUAGAUAUAUUACUCAUUUGAUGUUAACUUUGCUUUUGUUUUUUUUUUUUUGCCUUUGACACAUUAUCACAAAUUUCAAACAAAGGAAAUUUCAUAACAAGCAAGUUUGAAGUGAUUUUAAUCUGAAUUUCACCUACAACACAUACUUUGUUUGGCGUGUGUACACCUGAUAAAUAACAUGAAAUCUAGGUUAAUCCUAUAGUCUCUGGUUGUUCAACAGCUCAGUGCAGGAUAUCUUUAUCCAUCAGAUAAAUCAGUGGGAAAGUAAUAGGCAAACCACUUAUGCUCUACAGUGGAGAAUAAUUUAUACAGUGGGUAGACUGCUAUUCCACGUUUUGAACAACCAGAGCCAAAUCUUGACACUUUGCUUUAAUAUUAAGAAGUCUGUAAGGAACCCUAAAGAGAUUUCUUUCAUGUUCAUACAUGUGUCUGAGCGUCUUUAUUAGGGUCAUGUUAACGAUUAAGCACACAUAAAACAGAGCAACAAGAAACUCAUAAGCUGUUGUCAAUGAAUGGAUAGCUUAUAUUACACAUAGUCAUUGUAUCACUUUUAGAAGCCAGUAUAAACUGAUGCAGACAUGGUGCAUGGACAGGUUGCAGUGUUUACCUUUGUGAUUUCCAUCGUGAGCAAGCCUGGGACAGAUGGAUGGUGAAGAAGGAAAAUGAUGUCUCUGACAAAAAGGAGAAGGUCCUGUGUCGCCUGAGACGUGUCGCUUGA